CUCAUGCCUUUGUAAUGCUAAUGCACUCCUAUAAAUAGGGCAGAGAAGGAUCCUCACUCCAGACCACAUCUAACUCGCUCUCAGAGAAGCACAAGCUCUCCUUCUGAAACGAUGGCUCCUGCGUACAUGCCUUCGGCUGACUACUCAAAGCUUUCCAACAAGGAAAAACAUAAACUACGAAAACCAGCGGUGGAAAAAAUGCGCCGUGAUCGUAUCAACAACUGCAUCGAGCAGCUUAAGGUGAUGCUGGAGAAAGAAUUCCACCAGCAAGACCCCAACACCAAGCUGGAGAAAGCUGACAUUCUGGAGAUGACUGUCAUCUUCCUGAAGCAGCAGCUGCAAAGCCAGAUCUCAGUGCCUCAGAAAGCUCAAUGUGACGGUUACUCUCAGUGCUGGACGGAGACCGUGAACUUCCUGUCUGACAACUCAAAACUGGACGUGACGCUUCAGCAUCUCAACCGCUGUCAAGAAGCCCAGAGAACACAGAAAGAUUUCCCAGUGUCUCCACGUUCCUCCCAGACCCACCAGGCUCCUGUCAAGCAGGACAUCAAUGUAAACAGAGCUGUGUGGAGGCCUUGGUAGAGACACUGAGCACAGAGACUCUCUCAUGUCAACCAAAUGGUAGUUUUACCAUCGCUAAGUAGGAGUGUAUUUUCCAUUCCAGUGAUUCAGAUCAU